AAUAUAUUUAUCUUAGUUAAAGAUUUAGUUAAUAUUUUAAGAUGCCACGUUAUUAUUGUGAUUAUUGUGAUGUAUUUUUAACACAUGAUUCAGCAUCAGUUAGAAAAGCCCAUAAUGCAGGGAAAAAUCAUCUUACUAAUGUUCGUGAAUAUUAUCAAGAAAUCGGGCAUGAAAAGGCACAAAAUGUGAUUGAUUCGAUAACUAAAGCCUAUGAGAAUCAGCCGGUUAUGUUACCAUUACCAGGAAUGUUUCCUCCUAUGAUUGCAGGAAUGCCACCUCUACCAAUGCCAGGACUUCCAGGACCAUUACCUCCACAUCCAGGUAUGCUUGAUACAGCAUUACCACCACCUAUUCCAGGAAUGCCAUUUCCACCGCCAUUUGUACCUCCUCCACGUUUAAAUUUACCAUUCCCUGGAGGAUUUGUUCCACCAUCAGUACCGCCACCAGGCAUACCUCAAAUUCAGCCGAGUCAGCAACCUCCAGCAUUUCUACCUCAAAAUACACCGCAUUCAGGCUAAUUUAACAAUUUCUUGAUUAAAUUAUUUCACAAAAAAAACAUAAUU